AUGGGUUGCACUUCUACUAAAAGCUCUAAAGGAUUAUCUCCAAAGCUUAGAGAUAAAGUUCUACAAAUAUUUAGAAAAAUCGAUGUAGAUGGUUCUAAGUCUAUAGACAAAGAUGAAACAAUAAAAUAUUGGAAAUCAAAUUUUGCUAAGAUUAACACCAACGAGCUAUUUAAAGCUGUAGAUUUUGAUAAUAGUGGGCAAAUAACAGAAGAUGAAUGGAUGGCCUUUUGGGAAAUAGUUAAAAGAAGUGGUCAUACUGAAAAAGAAAUAAAUGAAGAAUUAGAUAAUUUGAUUGAUGGAAAGGCAUGGGUUAAGUUUAAUAAAGUAGAAGAAUUCGUUAGGAAAGAUAAAGAAAGAUAAUCUAGCUAAAUUCAUAGAUUGGUAGAUGAAGAAAAGAAAAAACUAGAAUCUGAGAAGGUUAUAAAUGAUCGCCGAGUAUCUUAAAAUAUGUCAAUAUAAAAUGGAUAGAAUGACAAGAACCUUUCAAACACAUAAUACGAAAAGAAACAAUCAAAUAUAUAAAACGAGAAAAGCUCAUUUAAUGACCAAAAAAAUAAUAAAGAGCAUAAAAUUGAUAAAAACUACUGA